AUGGAGGAAAGUGCAGAGAGCGAGGGGGUAAAGGAGGAUCUGGCACAGGAGGAGACGAAGAUGGAGGGAGAAAAUGAGCAAAAUGAAGCAAAGACAGAGCAGGAGGAAGAGGAGGAGAACACGGUACAGGAGAAUGAGACCAAGAGCGCAGAAGCCGAAGACAAUGCAGAGGGCAAGGAAGAUGAAGCAGUGGCUGAGGGGGAGGAAGGGAAGACGGAGGAAUCAGAAGGGGUCACAGCUGAACAAAAGGAUGAGGAAGGUGUAGAAAGUGAGGAACUUGCCAAAGACUUGGAGGAAGAGAAGAACAACAAAGAAAUGGAACAGGGGCAAGGAGAACAUGAAGAAAAAUCAGCCGAGGAAGAAAUUGGACAAGAGGGAGAGCAGCAAGCAGAAGAUGAAGAAGAAGAGAAGGCAGCAGAGGAAGAAAAAGGAGAGGAGGAAGGGAAGGCAGCAGAAGAACAAAAAGGACAAGAGGAAGAGAAAGCAGUGGAGGAAGAAAAAGGAGAUGAGGAAGAGAAGGCAGUGGAAGAAGUAAAAGGAGAAGAGGAAGGGGAGGCUGAGGAAGAACAAAAGGGAGAAGAGGAAGAGAAAGCAGCGGAAGAAGAAAAAGGAGAAAAGGAAGAGAAGGCAGCAGAAGAGGAGAAAGGUCGAGAGGAAGAAAAGGAAGCAGAGGAGGAGAAGCCGAAACAAGAAGAACUGCCGACUGAGGAGGCGGUACCAGCAGAGGACGAGAAGCCAGCAGAGGAGGAGAAAGCAGCUGACGAAGAGAAGCCAGCUGAGGAAGAGGCACCAACAGAGGAAGAGAAGCCAACUGAGGAAGAGAUAUCAGCAGGGGAAGACAAGCCAGCAGAGGAAGAGAUGCCAGGUGAGGAAGAGAGGCCAGCCGAGGAAGAGAAACCAGCUGAGGAAGAGGUACCAGAAGGGGAAGAGGUGCCAGCUGGGGAAGAGAUACCAGCAGGGGAAGAGACACCAGCAGAGGGAGAGAAGCUGACUGAGGAAGAGAAACCAGCAGUGGAAGAGAUACCAGCAGAGGAAGAGGUACCAGCAGAGGAAAAGAAGCCGACUGAGGAGGAACAACCAGUAGAAGAAGAGCAGCCAGUGGAACAAGAGAUUACAAUGGAAGAACAGAUUACGAAAGAAGAACAGAUACCAAGAGAAGAGGAGAAACCGGAAGAAGAAGAGAAGCCUGAAGAAGAGGAGAAACCAACUGAGGAAGAAAUACCAGCAGAAGCAGAGAAACCAGCAGAGGAAGAGAAGGCAGCAGAGGAACAGGUAUCUACAGAGGAAGAGGUACCAGCAGAAGAAGAGAAACCAACAGAGAAAGAGGUACCAGCAGAGGAACAGGAGCCAGCAGAGGAAGAGGUACCAGCAGAGGUACAGGAGCCAGCAGAGGAAGAGGUACCAGCAGAGGAAGAGGCACCAGCAGAGGGAGAGGCACCGGCAGAGGAAGAGGUACCAGCAGAGGAAAAGGCACCGACAGAGGAAGAAGUACCAGCAGAGGAAGAGAAGCCGGCAGAAGAGGCGUUACCAGCAGAAGAAGAGAAACCAGUAAAGGAAGAGAAGCCAGCAGAGGAAACGAUACCGGUAGAGGAAGAGGCACCCGCAGAGGGAGAGGCACCGACAGAGGGAGAGGUACCGGUAGAGGAAGAGAAGCCAGCAGAAGGAGAGGUACCAGCAGAGGAAGAGGUACCAGCAGAGGAAGAGAAGCCAGCAGAGGGAGAGGUGCCAGCAGAAGAGGAGAAGCCAGCAGAGGAAGAGGUACCAGCAGAGGAAGAGAAGCCAACAGAGGGAGAGGCACCAGCAGAGGGAGAGGUACCAGCAGAGGAAGAGAUACCAGCAGAGGAAGAGGCACCAGCAGAGGGAGAGGUUCUAGCAGAGGAACAGAAACCGACAGAGGAAGAGGUACCGGUAGAGGAAGAGAAGCCAGCAGAGGGAGAGGUACCAGCAGAGGAAGAGGUACCAGCAGAGGAAGAGAAGCCAGCAGAAGGAGAGGUACCAGCAGAGGGAGAGGUACCAGCAGAGGAAGAGAAGCCAGCAGAAGGAGAGGUACCAGCUGAGGAAGAGCAGCCAGCAGAGGGAGAGGUACCAGCUGAGGAAGAGAAGCCAGCAGAGGGAGAGGUACCAGCAGAGGGAGAGAUACCAGCAGAGGAAGAGGCACCAGCAGAGGGAGAGGUUCUAGCAGAGGAACAGAAACCGACAGAGGAAGAGGUACUGGUAGAGGAAGAGAAGCCAGCAGAGGGAGAGGUACCAGCUGAGGAAGAGAAGCCAGCAGAGGGAGAGGUACCAGCAGAGGAAGAGGUACCAGCAGAGGAAGAGAAGCCAGCAGAAGAAGAGGUACCAGCAGAGGGAGAGGUACCAGCAGAGGAAGAGAUACCAGCAGAGGGAGAGGUACCAGCUGAGGAAGAGAAGCCAGCAGAGGGAGAGGUACCAGCUGAGGAAGAGAAGCCAGCAGAGGGAGAGGUACCAGCAGAUGGAGAGGUACCAGCAGAGGGAGAGGUGCCAGCAGAGGGAGAGGUACCAGCAGAAGAAGAGAAGCCGGCUGAGGAGGAGAAGCCAGCAGAGGAAGAGGUACCAGCAGAGGGAGUGAAGCCGGCAGAGGAAGAGGCACCAACAGAGGAAGAGAAGCCAGCAGAGGAAGGGGUACCAGCAGAAGAAGAGAAGCCAGCUGAGGAAGAGAAGCCAGCAGCGGAAGAGGCAGAGGAAGAGAAGCCAGGUGAAGCAGAGAUACCAGCAGAGGAAGAGAAGCCAGCAGAAGAAGAGAAGCCAGCUGAGGAACAGGUACCAGCAGAGGAAGAGAGGCCAGCAGAGGGAGAGGUACCAGCAGAGGGAGAGGUGCCGGCAGUAGAAGAGAAGCCAGCAGAGGGAGAGGUACCGGCAGAGGAAGGGAUACCAGCAGAGGAAGAGAAGCCAGCAGAGGGAGAGGUACCAGCAGAGGGAGAGGUGCCAGCAGAGGGAGAGGAGAAGCCAGCAGAGGAAGAGGUACCAGCAGAGGAAGGGAUACCAGCAGAGGAAGAGACGCCAGCUGAGGAAGAGGUACCAGCAGAGGAAGAGAAGCCGGCUGAGGAAGAGGUACCAACAGAGGGAGAGGCAGCAGCAGAGGAAGAGAAGCCAGCAGAAGAACAGAUACCAGCAGAGGAGGAAAAGCCGGAAGAAGAAGAGAAAGUGACAGAGGAAGAGAUACCAUCAGAGGAAAAGAAGCUGGCAGAGGAAGAAGUACCAGCAGAGGAAGAGAAACCAGCAGUAGAAGAGGUACCAGCAGAAGAAGAGAAGCCAACAGAGGAAGCGGUACCAACAGAGGAAGAGAAGCCAUCAGAAGAAGUACUAGCAGAGGAAGAAAAACCAGCAGAGGAAGAGAUACCAGCAGAAGAAGAGGUACCAGCAGAGGGAGAGAAGCCAGCAGAGGAAGAAGAACCAGCAGAGGAAGAGAAACCAGCAGAAGAAGAGAUAUCAGCAGAGGAAGAGAAACCGGCAGAGGAAGAGGUACCAGCAGAGGAAGAGAAACCAGCAGAAGAAGAGAUAUCAGCAGAGGAAGAGAAACUGGCAGAGGAAUGGGUACCAGCAGAGGAAGAGGCAGCAGCAGAAGAGGAAAUAACAGCAGAGGGAGAGGUGUCAGCAGAGGAAGUGAAACUGGCAGUGGAAGAGAAGCCAGUAGAGGAAGAGAUGCCGGUGGAGGAAGAGAAACUGGCAGAGGAGGAACUCCCGGCAGAGGAAGCAGUACCGGCAGAGGAAGAGAAACUAGCAGCAGAAGAGGUUCCAGCAGGGGAAGAGGUACCAGCAGAGGAAGAGGUACCAGCAGAGGGAGAGGUGCCAGCAGAGGGAGAGAUACCAGCAGAGGGAGAGAUACCAGCUGAGGGAGAGAUACCAGCAGAGGAAGAGGUACCAGCAGAGGAAGAGAAGCCAGCUGAGGGAGAGAUACCAGCAGAGGAAGAGAAGCCAGCAGAGGGAGAGAUACCAGCAGAGGGAGAGAUACCAGCUGAGGGAGAGAUACCAGCAGAGGAAGAGGUACCAGCAGAGGAAGAGAAGCCAGCUGAGGGAGAGAUACCAGCAGAGGAAGAGAAGCCAGCUGAGGGAGAGAUACCAGCAGAGGGAGAAAUACCAGCAGAAGAAGAGAUGCCAGCAGAGGAAGAGGUACCAGCAGAGGAAGAGAUGCCACCAGCACAAGAGUUACCAACAGAAGAAGAGAAGCCCGCAGAGGAAGAGGCACAAGCAGAGGAAGAGAAAGUGGCAGUGGAGGAGAAACCAGUAGAGGAAGAGGAGAUGGUAGAGGCCGUGGAGCCAGAAGUGGAAAUGGCAGAGGAGGAGAAACCAGCAGAGGAACUGGAAGUGGCAGAGAUAGAGAAACCAGCAGAGGAAGAAGGAUUUGAAGAAAAAGUAAAAGAAAGAGUGGAUGAAGAGGCCCAAAGAAAGGCAAGUGAAGUGAUGGAAGGUGUGGGAACAGUGCCAAUACCUGGUGGAACUCAGUUGGGGAUUGAGGAAGCAGAGGGGAAAAGAGAGGAAGAGAAGGAGAUGGAAAAGGAGGCUGAACAAAAAAUGAGGGCAGAAUCUCCAAAAGAUGUAUGUGGGUUGCAGGAUGACCUGAGUGAGGAGUGGGACGAGUCACAAUCAGUUAUGGUAACAACAGCAUCAUCAUCAAUUGAAGAGGUGUGUGAACUCCCAUUGGUGGAGAAGAGAGAAAAGGAGGCAGAAAAAGACAAAGAUAAAGAGGGAGCAGAGAAACAUGAUGAAAAACAGAUAGAGGACUGGGGAAAAGCAGAAAAGAUGGAGGAGAAAGGGCCAGAGGACGAGGAGAAGGCAGUAGAGGAAGCAGAGAAGGAGGAGGAAGAGACAGCAGAGGAAGAAAUGGCCCCAAAGGAAGAGAAAGAGGGAGAGGAAGAAAAGCCUGUGGAGGAAGAGAAAGAGGGAGAGGAAGAGAAACCAGCAGUGGAAGAGGGAGUAACAGAGGAAGAGAGGGCAGCAGAGGAAGAAGAAGUAGGAGAGGUGGAGAAACCUGGAGAGGAAGAGGGGGCAGCAGAGGAAGAAGAAGUAGGAGAGGUGGAGAAACCUGGAGAGGAAGAGGGGGCAGCAGAGGAAGAAGAAGUAGGAGAGGUGGAGAAACCUGGAGAGGAAGAGGGGGCAGCAGAGGAAGAGAAAGAAGAAGAGGUGGAAGAACCAGGAGAGGAAGAGGGGGCAGCAGAGGAAGAGAAAGUAGGAGAGAUAGGGAAACCACCAGAGGAAGAGAGGGCAGCAGAAGAAGAGAUGGCAGCAGAGGAAGAACAAGUGGGAGAGGAAGAGAAAGUGGGAGAGGAGGAGAAGCCUGCAGAGGAAGAGAUAGUGAGAGAGGAGGAGCAACCUGCAGAAGAAGAGAGGGCAGCAGAGGAAGAGAAAGUGGGAGAGGAGGAGAAACCUGCCGAGGAAGAGAUGCCAGCAGAGGAGGUGAAACUGGGAGAGGAGGAGAAGCCAGCAGAGGAAGAGGGGGCAGCAGAGGAAGAGAAAUUAGAAGAGGGAGAGAAGCCGGCAGCGGAAGAGAUGGCAGCAGAGGAGGUGAAACUGGGAGAGGAGGAGAAGCCAGCAGAGGAAGAGGGGGCAGCAGAGGAAGAGAAAUUAGAAGAGGGAGAGAAGCCGGCAGCGGAAGAGAUGGCAGCAGAGGAGGUGAAACUGGGAGAGGAGGAGAAGCCAGCAGAGGAAGAGGGGGCAGCAGAGGAAGAGAAAUUAGAAGAGGGAGAGAAGCUGGCAGCGGAAGAGAUGGCAGCAGAGGAAGCGAUGCCACCAGAGGAAGAGAAGGUAGUAGAGGAAGAGAAAGAGGGAGAGGAGGAGAAGCCAGCAGAGGAAGAGAAAGAGGGAGAGGAGGAAAAACUGCCAGUGGAAGAAAAAGCUGCAGAGGAAGAAAAAGAGGGAGAGGAGGAAAAGCCAGCUGGGGAAGAGAGGGCAGCAGAGGAGGAGAUAUCAGCAGAAGCAGAGAAACCCACCGUGGAAGAGGGAGUCAUAACUAAAGGAGAGGCCAUUGAGAAAGAAUUAAAAGUGGAAUCUGCAUUGGAAAUAUGUGAGAUGCCGGAUAAUGAACUGGAUGAGGUGUUAGGAAAAGAAAUAUAUGAUACAUUAUCAAUGUCAUUAUCAUCUUCAAUUGAUGAAAUAUGUGAGCUGCCACCAGGGCAAGAAAAAGCAAAGGAAGCAGAGGCAGCAGAGGGACUGGCAGAACUGGAAGCAGAACCAGAGAAAGUAGCAGAGGAGGCUGCGAAGCCAGAAGCGGAAGAGAAGGUAGGAGAGGUUGAGAAGCCAGUAGAGGAAGAGACCCUGGCAGAGGAAGAGAAACCAGCAGAGGGAGAAAUACCAGCAGGGGGAGAGAUACCUGCAGAGAGAGAGAUGCCAGCAGAGGAAGAGAAGCCGGCUGAGGAAGUGGCAGAGGAAGAGAUACCAGCAGAGGAAGAGAAGCCAGCUGAGGGAGAGGUACCAGCAGAGGAAGAGAAGCCAGCAGAGGAAGAGGUACCAGCAGAGGAAGAGAAGCCGGCUGAGGAAGAGGCACCAACAGAGGAAGAGAAGCCAGCUGAGGAAGAGGUACCAGCAGAGGAAGAGAAGCCGGCUGAGGAAGAGGCACCAACAGAGGAAGAGAAGCCAGCAGAGGAAGAGGCACCAACAGAGGAAGAGAAGCCAGCAGAGGAAGGGGUACCAGCAGAAGAAGAGAAGCCAGCAGAGGAAGAGGUACCAACAGAGGAAGAGAAGCCAGCAGAGGAAGGGGUACCAGCAGAAGAAGAGAAGCCAGCAGAGGAAGAGGUACCAACAGAGGAAGAGAAGCCAGCAGAGGAAGAGGUACCAACAGAAGGAGAGAAGCCAGUUCAGGAAAGGGUACCAGCAGAAGAAGAGAAGCCAGCAGAGGAAGAGGUACCAGCAGAAGAAGAGAAGCCGGCUGAGGAAGAGGCACCAACAGAGGGAGAGAAGCUGGCAGAGGAAGAGGUACCAGCAGAAGAGGAGAAGCCAGCAGAGGAAGAGGUACCAACAGAGGGAGAGAAGCCAGCAGAGGGAGAGAAGAUCGCAGAGGAAGAGAAGCCAGCAGAGGAAGAGGUACCAGCAGAGGGAGAGAAACCAGCAGAGGAAGAGGUGCCAGCAGAGGAAGAGGUACCAGCAGAGGGAGAGAAACCAGCAGAGGAAGAGGUGCCAGCAGAGGAAGAGAAGCCAGCAGAGGAAGAGAUACCAGCAGAGGAAGAGGCACCAGCAAAGGAAGAACUUCCAGCAGAGGAAGAGAAACUGGCAGAGGGAGAGAAACCAGCAGAGGAAGAGGUACCAGCAGAGGAAGAGGUACCAGCAGAGGAAGAACUACCAGCAGAGGAAGAGAUUCCAGCAGAGGAAGAGGUACCAGAAAAGGAAGAAAAACUGGCAGAGGGUGAGUUACCGGCAGAGGAAGAACUACCAGCAGAGGAAGAGAUACCAGCAGAGGAAGAGGCGCCAGUAGAGGAAGAGAAGCCGGCAGAGGAAGAGGCACCAGCAGAGAAAGAGACACCAGCAGAGGGAGAGAUACUGGUGGAGGAAGAACCACCAGUAGAGGAAGAGAAGCCGGCAGAGGAAGAGGCACCGGCAGAGGAAGAGGCACCAGCAGAGAAAGAGACGCCAGCAGAGGAAGAGGUACCAGCAGAGGAAGAGGUACCAGCAGAGGGAGAGAUACUGGCAGAAGAAGAGAUUCCUGUAGAGGAAGAAAAGCCAGCAGAAGUGGAAAAACCAGUAGCAGUAGAGGAGAAAGAAGUAAAAGAGAUAGAAGAAGAAGUGGAAGAGAAGCCUGUGACUGUAAUGAAGGAAGAAGAAAUACCAGCUAAGGAAAAGGUCCCUCCUGAGAAGAAGGAAGAGGAUAUGAGAAAAGAAGAGAAGGGAGCAGAGGGAGAGAGGAAAGUGGAAAAAAUAGAUAGUGUGGUGAAGAUGGUGGUGAAAGUAGUGGAAGGAGUGGUAGAUAGGGUAAUGGAGAAAGCGAUAGAAAAGAUGGUGGCCGUGGGGAAAAACAAGUUCGGGGAAAAAGAGAAAAUGAUUAAGGUGGUGGAGAAAGUGGUGGAGAAUGUGGUGGAGAAAGUCGAGAUGAUCAUGGAGGACUUGGCCAAGAUGGAAGACGUGCCUGAGAAGAAGAUCGAGAGGAUGGUGGACCUGGUGGUGGAGGAAGGGCAGAAGAUGUUUGAGAAGAUGAUGGAGAAGAUGGGCAGAAUGGUGGAGGAUGACAAGAGGGAGAGUGUGUCCCCAGAUUCAUGCGGAAGACAACUGCAGAAGACAAAGCGGGAGCUGGAAAUGCUGAAAGAACAGAGGAAGGCAAAAGGGGAGACACCAACAAAAUCACCAUCGCCAACAAAAGAUGAGGCCCCAGUAAAGAUGAAGGCUUCAAAGGAAAAGUCACUGAUAAAGGAAAAAGCCCCGGGAAAGGAAAAAGCACCAGGAAAAUUGAAAGCACAGAGAGGAAGGGACGACGGAUCAGUAAAAUCUGAGGGAUCACUAAGAUCUGAAGUCUCAUUGAGGGAUGAGGCAUCGGUAAAGGAGGAGGGAUCAGUCAAGGAGAAGGCUUCGAGCAAAAGGGAAGGCAAAGAGGCCAAGGAGAAAGGGGCGGCCAAGGAGAAAGGGGCGGCCAAGGAGAAAGGGGCGGCUAAGAAGCAAGCCAAAGGGCAAGGGUCACCAAAGAAGCAGGCGAAGGAGCAUGAGACAGAGAAGCGGGCUGAGUCCAAACAUGAGCAGCCCUUGACACCGGAACAGCACCAGGAGUUCAGGCAAAUCUACGACCUGCUGGUAGAGAGAGCUGGGGGCCCAAUCGACUUUGGCAGCUACCAGUUCCUGCUGAAGAGUGAGAACUUUACAGCGGGUGAGGCCAGGGCGCGGGAAACCUUCCGGAAGCUGGAUGCAGACGGAGACGGCAAGGUGGGCUUUGAGGACUUUAUGAACACCAUGACCAACACUGAUCUCUUUGUCCAGUUCUUUUCAGAGCUGCCCAACAACAGCGAGGACUCGGAGCUCCAGAAGGGCUACGUGGACAACACGGUGUUCUUUGAGAUCCUGUCACGACUGCUCGCUGCCCACAUCAUCUCGGAGGACUCGACCUGCCGGAUUAUCGAUUACUUUUACCGGAAGAAGAAAGGAGCCAAGCUGAAGACCAAGAAGGACAACAAGGGCGCUUGCCCCAGCAUUGGGGACAGCACCUUCCUGGGCGUCUCGGUCUACAGCCUGAUCCAGUACCUGGACAUUCUGGGCCCAGACGAGCACUACAAGGAGACCAGCAUGAAGCCCGAGCAGAUCACCGCAUUCCGUGAGGUCUUCCAGAUCUUCGCCACCAACAGUGAGGAUUGCAUUGAUGUCACCUCCCUGGUCACCAUGAUGAAGCAGCUAAAGAUCGCCAUGCUGAACCCCUUCGUGCCCAACGACCUGAAAUUUGCAGCCGUCAACCGGGGCAAGAUGGUCGACUUCCGCGACUUCCUGACCAUCAUGUCAGACACCAGUACCUUCGCCCACUACCUGUACCCACAGUACCCGGACGCUGGGCACUCCCUGAGCCCGGAGGUCAUGCCCUUUGAGGUGCUGCUGCGGGUCAUCGACAAGCCGCUGAUCUCAACGCAGACCAGGGACACGCUGACCGCCUACUACCAGGCCAAGCUCGAGGACUUUAAACCCCGGGCAGCUCCAGCACACCACCGGGCACGGCCGUCCAGCAAGCCCCCCGCUGCCCGCAGCACCAGCACCACACGCCCGCCGUCCUACCAGCAGCAGGCCACGCAGACGUCCCACCACGCUCCGCCGGUCAAGCUGCCCAAGCUGACCAGCCCCAAACCCAAACCCAAGCGUUCGGCCUCGCCCAGCAAGGCAGCCAGGGUGGCCGCCAGUUCGGGCAGCCAGGCGCUACGCGAGCGGGCGAAGGAGAAGACCGAAGAGUACACCCGCAAUCUGCUGGCCAACCGGCAGUACUACGAGAAGAAGUUCCGGACGGUGAUGAGGAACCCAGCUUUCCACAACGCCUUCCGGGAGUACACAUGGACGUGGAGGACACCAUCGGUGGAUCGCAGUCGAACCACAGUCUCUAAGAAAAAGAGGGAAGAUAAGGGGGGAAAGCAGAAAUAG